UGCUACCUGUGUAAAGUUUUGGGACUUUCCUCUGAUCUACAUCAGGUUGUUCCCUCCUACAACCAGUGGAUCAGGAAAUCCCCAGAAUGAGGAAUCUUAUGACAUUGAGAAAGUAAACUCUUCUGCUUUCAUUCCUCGAUAUGCUGCGAACGAGAAGAAGGAAGGCGACCAUCAACGUCAGGACAAGAGGAAUAAAACGGAGCAGAGAGGAAAACGACGGAAAGGACACUGGAAUGGGAGGAGCAGCUUCGUCACAAGAUGAUGUUCCAUCCAUCCAAGACAAUCCCACAUCACUGCAGACACCAGUGGUCAGCCAGAUGCAGACACUAUGCCGCACUGUGCCACUGCCUGAGGAGCCAGAUUACAGCAGAAUGUGUCCAAAAUGUUCCUCCCUGCUGAAGCCUGCAGUGGUUCCUGCUGGAUGUACCUCUACGCUACUGUACUGCCCACAGUGCUCUACCACACCACUGUGUGAGCACUGCCUGUACCCUUGCUCUGACGGCACCUGCACCAACCAAUUGUGCCAGGUUGUCUCAUUGCUGCUCACUUGUGACCGAGUCACGGAUUCCGCCAGCUACGUGUACGGCUGCCCUCUUUUCCGAGCCUGCCCCAAAUGUCACAAUAUAAUGAUGCACCAAUCAGGGUGUAAGUAUGUGAUGUGUGGACAGUGUUGUCAUAGCUACUGUUUUAUCUGCCUAAGGAUCAGACAAGUGUGCGUAAAGGACAGAAACCUGUACUGGUCCCUCACCUGCUCCGCACCCAGAGCAGCACGGCAGAGAUUUCAAACCUGACGAGCUGCACACAAGAUCUCUCAAAACUGUAUAUAAAUAUAUAUAUUAUAAAGGGAAAAAUCUAAACAUGGUGACAGAUCAGAAUAUUUCAGAUUGCAUUCACAUUGUAUUUUCCACAAUUAUUCAAAACAAACUAUUUUUCUAUGCUCAGCUCUUAACAAUUAUUCGGCAGUCAUGGAAACUUUGUGUAUUUUCACUCAAAACUUACCUGCUUUAAAGAUUCUGAUUCCUUCUUUUUCUUCUUAUUGAGAAUGUCUGAUCACUUAAAGGUUUUCCCAUUAACUUCACUGCUUUAAUAAUUAAUAAAUAAAUAAAUAAAUAAAUAAAGUUUAAGGUGAUCCUAUAGGAUCUACAGAAUCCUAUAUCCUAGAUCCUGUUUAUCUACAGAAAACAGGUCAGGUUCAUGAAUGUGAUAUGAGUCCAAAUCCCCAAGAAUAAAG